AUGGUGGCCUGGCUCAGGACCCAUGCGGCCACUUCUCCUGUCACUUCAAGGGACCUUGUGAAGAGGUGCCUCCGGCCACCCCGUCGGAUCUUCCUACAGGAGCCUGUGAGAACCCACGGACCCAAGACGCCACCUCCCUCCCCGAUGGAGGCCAGGUCCCUGCACGGUGCCCAGGAGGCUUCUGCGUCGGGGUCCUCCUGGAGCCUCGUCACAGACGGGCUCUGCCGCUCUGAGCCCACGUUAAGGAGCCCAGGUUCCAGGUCCUCCCCGAGAAGGACCAAAUGGACCGUCCGACCUACACCUCAGAGUCUGAGGGAGGAGCUCAGCCCAGACCUGGAGCAGGAUGCCUCAGGGCACAGGAGGGGCCGCCCGAGGCUACUCUAUGUGACGGCAGUGUGGUUUGUGGGGGUGCAAGCCCACCCACACCCAUCCAGCGGGGAGCCCUUCUUGAUCCAGGCCAGGAGCACCCAGGGAGGGCUGCCGCUGGUUCCACUAUCAGCUCGAGGGCUGGACUUGGAAGUCCAACGGCGCUCCUCCCAGUGGUCAAGGUCCAUCUGGAAAACCGAGAGCCCAUCCAUCGGAGGCUCCUUGGCGGUUUUCUGUAGAUGGCAGUUGAGCCCAGAAGAGGGAUGGCCUCCUCCAAGGCCACCCAGCCGGUCAGUGCCACGUUCAGCACCCGGGCCCGGCCUCUGGACUGCAGGCCGCACAGCAUUCCCAAAGGGAGAGCGGCCAGCGGGCCUGCCCAGCCUGACCCACCGACCUGCUGAAGUGAUGCUCCGCAGGCCGCGGGCUUCCCACCUCAGAGUCGCUGGGACCGUGGAGCCGCGUGUCGCGGUGCCUGGCGCGGUGAGCGCGGGGGUGGCUGGCUGGGCUCAGGGGGAGCCUGGGGACUGCUCCGCAGGAGGCCAGCGCCCACACGCUGGAAGCAGAUCAGAGCAGCCCGUCUCCCAGGGCCGCGGCCACUCCCCACUUGAGAAGGACUCUGUACCCAUUUCACUCUGUUCCCUUCUCGGUGGCUCUUUAAUGAGAUGAUGUUAGAGCUGGAAGUCCACAGUGGGGGCCGCGCAGACAGACAGACAGACAACCAGCCGGCCUCCUCCUCCCCUCCCCGGAGGUGCUGGGUGGGCGGCAAGAGGGGCCCAGCCACCGACUCCUGUCCCCUAGACACCCCUGGGCUGGGCUUGUGGCGUCUUUGCAGUCACAAUGGGACACAAGCAUCUGCCUGGUUCAGGUGGAGCAGGGGACACCAGAGACAGAAGAAGCCAAGAGGUCGGGACAAGGUCACAGCUAGCGAGAGACAGAGCUGAGGCCUGAAACCCUAGCUCCUGUCCCAUGCGCCCCCAGGAGCUCGCGUCACCCUGGGGACAGACGGUCUCCCGGGGCAGGAGGUCAGCAGGAGCUCAUGGAGAAUCCCCCUCCCACAGGGGGCAGUGGAGAGCCCAGGGCAGGACUGGAGGCCCCAGGGCUGGCCGUGGGGGUGGGGCUGUGUCCCAAGACCCUCGGGGUCCCACAGCCAGGACCUGCCUCUGCCUCACACCUGGCCACGCUGUCCCCAUGCCUGCCCCACCCAGGUGAUGGGGCUCCUCUGGACGUGGCCCCGCCAGCCUCAGGCUGCUGCCCCGUGGCUCUGUGGCACCGCCGUGGGCAGGUGGCCCACAGGGGGGACUUACUGACUUCUAUGUGGUCGCCCGAGUUUUCUAGAAAAUUGUGGAAAAGAAACCAAUCGUGGCCGUUCAACUUUUCUAAGGUAAAAACAGGACAGGAGGGACAAGCUCCUGGGGGGAGGUCCACGUAAGGGGACGCCGGGCGGUCCUCACAGUCACAUCCACGAGGUGACGCAGAGGCACGGAAGUCAGGGGUUCCUGGCCACGCACGCGCGGGGUCUGCGUGUCUCCUGCGGGGGACGCCCACACGCACACCCCAAGCCCACCUCUGUCUGGGGAGGGAGAGGGACGGCCGGGGGCCCUGGGCCUCACAUUAGGCUCCUGAGCCGACCCUGAGCAGGGGCUCGGCAGAGACCAGGAGCACGCGGAGCUGGUGUGGGGACGGCCACCCAGAGUCACAGCUGAGCAGCGCCUGGAGGACAGUCCCCAAUGUGACUGUCAGGAAGCCGGUCGAGUGACGUGAAAAUUAUUCAGUGUUAAUGAUAAAGAAAAGAGGCACAAAAAAAAUUAAAAAUUAAAAAGAAAGAAAAGAGGCACAGGUGGGCCCCCAAACCAAGGCCAAUCAGGAUGUGGACGGGAGCCGCGCUGUGAAUGCUUCCGGAAGCUUCUAACUGCCCCCGACUGGCGAUCUAUCUUGACCCUGUCUCAAAAUAAAGUAAAAAUGUCUGGGAUGUGGCUCGGGGGUUAAGCGCCCCUGGGUUCAAUCCCUGGUUCCCCCUAAAGAUGCUCCCCACUGAGGGGGACCUCCCAACAGGGGAAACUGGGUGGGGGGCUCUGUGGGAACCUGCCCUUCCUGCUGGACAUUCCUGUUAACCUAGAAGCACUUUAAGAAAUAAAAUAAAUAAAUAACAGAAACACCCCUGAA